AUGAUCGGUUCAGCAGCCAGGUUGGCUCAUGACCGGGCUGUGGCCAAUGGCUAUGGUACCAAUGAGAAAGCCCUGAAAUACCUCCACCAGGACUAUGAGACCCUCAGGAAUGAAUGCCUCCAGUCUGGAACUUUGUUUAAGGACACCUCUUUUCCAGCCAUCCACUCCUCGCUUGGGUUCAAUGAACUGGGAGCCAACUCCUCCAAAGUGCAGGGGGUGGUGUGGAAGAGACCCACGGAGUUGUGUUCCAGCCCUCAGUUCAUCUCAGGAGGAGCAACCCGCACAGACAUUUGUCAAGGAGCUCUAGGUGAUUGCUGGCUGCUGGCUGCCAUUGCCUCCCUCACUCUCAAUGAGCAGGUCCUCUCCAGGGUGGUCCCAAAAGAUCAGAGCUUCCAGGAGAACUAUGCGGGGAUCUUCCACUUCCAGUUCUGGCAGUUUGGAGAAUGGGUGGAUGUGGUUAUUGAUGACAGACUUCCAACCAAGAAAGGGGAGCUCGUCUUUGUUCACUCAGCCGAAGGGACUGAAUUUUGGAGUGCCCUGCUGGAGAAAGCCUAUGCAAAGCUGAAUGGGUCCUAUGAAGCUCUCUCUGGCGGGGCCACCACAGAGGGUUUUGAAGACUUCACCGGAGGUCUUGCCGAGUGGUACGAUCUGAAAAAAGCUCCGAAUGACCUAUACAAGAUCAUACAGAAGGCUCUGAAGACAGGUUCUCUCCUGGGCUGCUCUAUAGAUAUCACAAGUGCCGCUGAAACCGAGGCGAUCACCUUUCAGAAACUGGUGAAGGGUCAUGCCUACUCCGUCACUGCCGCAGAAGAGGUGGAUUACAGAGGACGUAUGGAAAAACUCAUCAGAAUCCGCAAUCCAUGGGGAGAAGUGGAGUGGACGGGUGCUUGGAGUGACAACUCCAGUGAAUGGAAUUCUGUGGAUCCUAGUAAGAAGGACAGGCUGAUUAAGCGAUGUGAUGAUGGAGAAUUCUGGAUGUCAUACAAUGAUUUCCUGAGACACUACUCCAGGCUGGAGAUCUGUAACCUCACCCCUGACACCCUGAGCUCAGACAAAUACAAGAAGUGGAGUCUGGUGAAGAUGGAUGGGACGUGGAGGCGAGGAUCCACUGCUGGGGGGUGCCGGAAUUACCCAGACACUUUCUGGAUGAACCCGCAGUAUUUGCUAAAGCUGAAUGAGGAGGAUGAUGAUCCAGGUGAUGGAGAAGAAGGCUGCACGUUUAUUGUGGGUCUGAUACAGAAGAACCGCAGGAAAGCUCGGAAGAUAGGGGAGGACAUGCACACUAUUGGCUUCGCCAUCUAUGAGCUUUUGUUGCAGAUGCGAGGACAGACCAAUGUUCACCUGAGUAGAGAUUUCUUCUCCUGCGGAACAAAGCCAAAGACCGCUCUGACACCUUCAUAA